UCCAGAACUAUCUAUUGAAGGAAGGAAGAAAGGAUGAUCGAGAGAGUCAUCAUAUGUCAAAAUGGCCGAGCUUAUAGCGAUCCCGUUGAAGAAACCGUCGGACAUUGACGUAAUAAAACCUCUUACUAAUAUUAUCAAAUCUACAUAUAAUAGCCCAGGUAAUCAAAAAGAUUAUACAGACGCUAUCGCAGAAUUCAGCAAGUUGAGAAACAACGCUUUGUGGCGAGCUUUUGAGAAAUAUGAAAGUUCUUUGGAGGUUAUCUACACCUAUUAUGAUCAGUUAUGCGCUCUGGAAGGAAAAAUCCCUGCUCAUGAAUUGCAAAUACCAUUUAAAUGGAAAGAUGCUUUUGACCGUACCAUUUUUGGGGGGAAACUUAGUUUAACAAUCAGUACAUUGGCGUAUGAAAAAGUAUGUGUUCUUUUCAAUAUAGCUGCUUUACAAAGCUCAGUUGCUGCUAUGCAAUCAUUAGAUAGCGAUGAAGGAUUAAAAUUGGCAGCUAAAUUGUUCCAGCAAGCGGCUAGUAUAUUUAAUUUUUUAAAGGGAAAUGUUAUGAUAGCUAUUCAACAAGAACCAACACCCGACAUUAGUCCAGAAACGCUCGGGGCGUUAAGCGCCUUAAUGCUCGCACAAGCACAAGAAAUAUUUGUGUAUAAAGCAAUUCAUGAUUCUAUGAAAGAUGGUAUUGUCGCUAAACUAGCAGCACAAACAGAAGAAUUGUAUGCGGUUGCUUUGAAGAUGUUUCAAAAAGAGAUUUUCCGUGCGUUUUGGGAUAAAGAAUGGGUACCUUUGAUAGCAGGUAAACAAGCUGGUUACCGUGCUAUGGCUGAAUAUUAUCAGUCGCUUGUAUGCAAAAACAAUAAAAUGAUUGGAGAAGAAAUUGCUAGAUUAGAGCAUGCUAUGGAGUUAUUCAAAGCUGCUCAACAAAGAUCAAACAAGCCUAAUUUGUUCCAAGACUGCGCUAAUAAAACGCAAAGAAAUUUAACGGAGGUGAAGAAAGAUAAUGAUUUUAUAUAUCACGAAAGGAUUCCAGACAUCAAGAAUUUGGAAUCUAUAGGAAAAGCUACCGUUGCUAAACUACUUCCGCUUCCUGAGACGUUCAGUUCUAAUUUUAAAGAUCUUUUUGCGGAAUUGCUGCCUGUUAGUAUACACCAUGCAUUGUCAGCUUACGAAACUCGUCGCAAUGAACUUGUCAAUUAUGAAGUUUCGAAUUUACGGGAAAUGACCCAACUUCUAAAUAGUGUUUUGGCAAGUUUGAAUCUACCAGCAGCUAUUGAAGAUACCAGUGGAACAGAAAUACCUCAAUCAUUGUUAGAAAAAGCUCAUUACGUACGAGACACAGGUAGAAUAAAAGGUUUAGAAGCAUCCAUGGAAGAGUUGCCAGACUUAUUGCAACGUAAUAAAGAACUUCUAGAUGAGUCUGAGAGAAUGCUACAAGAAGAACGUGAAUCUGAUAACCAAUUACGAGAUCAAUUCAAAGAACGUUGGAAGAGGAUACCGAGUGCCCGAUUGACAGAACAGUUUACUGUCAAUUUACAAAAAUAUCGCGAGAUUAUUAAUAAUGCAGUUGCUGCUGAUAAAGUAGUUCGUGAGAAAUACGAAAAUCACAAAGAAGGAAUGGAAUUUUUAAGUUUGGAUGAGGAUGAACUUACCAGAGCUGUUCCGCAGGGUUCAGCUGUUCAAGAGAGUAAUGUUGUUAAGCAACUUAGGAAAUUAAUGGAAGAUGUAGCUGUUUUGAAAGCUGAACGUGAUACCAUCGAAAGUGAAUUUAAAUCCGCUACCAAUGAUAUGAAAAGUACAUUCCUAUCGGCCUUAGUCAAAGAUGGUGCGAUCGAUGAACCGAAUAUAUCUGUUGAGAAUUUAGGGAAAUGUUACGGGCCUUUGCAAAAACAAGUACGAGAGAAUAUAGCGCGCCAGGAAGAAUUAGUUACUGAGAUUCAGCGUUGCCAUGCAGAAUUUACAAACGAACAAGUCGGUGCUGGUAGUUCACGGGAAACAAUGCUCUGUAAACUAGCUUCUGCCCACGAUGCAUUUAAAGAACUCAAAAAUAACUUAACAGAAGGAGCUAAGUUUUAUAAUGAUUUAACACAGUUAUUGGUGGUUUUCCAAAACAAGAUAUCCGAUUUUUGUUUCGCUCGAAAAACUGAAAAGGAGGAGUUACUAAAAGAUUUAACGACAAAUUUGAGCCAUACUGGCCCUGCUACGACGCCGAACAUUCCAUCUCAUCAUAGUGGUCCAUCUGGCAUGAGCCAAACAACGGAUACUGCUUUAUCAUCGCAGCUACCUUAUCCUGUGCAACAAGGUGGUAUGCCCAUGCCUUAUGGUGUUACACCAGCACCAUACCCAGCAUAUGUGCCUCCACCUAUGCCAGCAGCUUACAAUCCGUAUGCUACGAUACCGUAUCCUACGCAAGGGGGAUAUAAUCCGUAUCAGCCAUUACCUCAAGUUCCAUAUGGCGCUUAUGCAACGUUACCACGUUAUAGUGGUGCUCAAACACCACGUGGUCCAAAUCCAUGGUAAAAGUUAUACAGGCAUGUAGCAUUCAUAACUUUAGGGUAUAUUAUAUGGUAUAUGUGAUUUUGCGCAGUUCAUAAUUAUAUUGAUUAAAGUAAAUCAAGCAUUUUGAAUAUAUAAAUUCUAAAAAGACCCGCUAUUAACAAACAAAUUUAUAGAGACAGUGGUUACAUUUGACAUAAGUUAAUAUAUAUGUUAGCACUUGUGUUCCCGACAAGGUUUUAGAAUAAUGUUUUCAAUGAUUAAAAGCGUUUAUGCUUCCCCUAGCUUACGCUUAUUAAGAUAUUUCGCUAUCUUCGCAGGUCUUUUGAUUGAUGAUGUUAGAAACGAAAAAGAGAUAUGUUCAAUAUUCUUGCAAAAUUCAAUAAAAUAAAAAAAUAUAUUCAUAAAACAGCACAAUCUAUUGAACAUGUUUGUAAAAUAUUUUAGGCAUUUUCUCCUAUAACAAUAAAUCUUAAAAUUAAUGCGACAUCUAAUGUCAUAUUAAUUUCAAAGUGUUACUAUUUUAACUUAUAUUUUCUUAUAAUUCUGCCAUAUUAAUUUUAUGGUUAUUGAUGAAAUAAACAGAAAGAGUUUGGACUAUUUUAUAUAUCU